AUGGCCGAUGAAGCAACCCCCAACCUCCCAGCCCACCGCAUCCCCACAGACCGAGACACAAAUUCCCCAUUCUGGACCGAGACCCUUCCCCCUCUCGAGGAACAUACAAAAAGGCUCUUUAUAGAAUACGCAAAGAUCCCAGAAGAUAAGCUCCAAGACCAUCUCGAAGAAGCACGCAGAAAGGCAUGGGACGACUGUCCCUACCCAUGCAUAGGCCUCUGGCUCUUCCUCAAGCUACAGCUCCGAAACAACAGGGAAUUCGACGAGGCCGUGUGGCGUACGCAACGAGGCGAGAAUCUCGUCGACUUCGGAUGCGCCGUUGGCCAGGAUCUACGUAGUCUGCUCCACGCAGGUUCACCCCCACAAUCCCUCCACGGCAUAGACCUAACCCCCUCCUUCUUCUCCGCCGGCAAAUCACUCUUCAACGACCCUCACACCCCAAUCACAUUCCUCCAGGCAAACGCCCUCUCCCCGCCCUCAACCCUCCCCUCCUCCUGGCGUGACAACUUCACCAUCAUCACAGCAAACUACGUCCAGCACUGCUUCAGCCUACAAGACCAAGAAACCUACGCCGCCUUCCUGCUAGCUUUACUCUCGGGAAAAUCAAACGACUUGAUUUUUGGCCGCACGGCGGGCACGACGGAAGGCGAGGCGCGGAGGGAGGAGAUGCACAAGGGCCAGAGGCUGUAUCGGCACACGGAAGCGAGUUUUGUCGAGUUUUGGACGAGGGCGGCGGCGCAACAUGGGAGGAGAGCGAGGAUUGAGACGUGGGUUGAUGAGGUUCCUGCUUUUGAGCUCAGGGGCGAGGGGAUGGAGAGGUUUGAACCUGUCAAGAAUCUCAUGUAUUCGAUUCGGUUUGAGUGA